AAUAGAUCUAUAUAUCUAACCUCCAGACAACAACAACCACCAGCACCCCUUUCUCCGCAUCCGCACCCGCAUCCCAAACAAUAUCACGCACGAAGCCACGCACGCAGAGAAGCAAAAAUGGCCUUCGAGACCAAAGCCACGAUCGCCAACUUCGGCGGCAAGCUGCUCAAGCUGCAGCACCAGUCCACCAGCACCGGCACGCCCAUGGACGUAAACCUAUUCCUGCCGCCCGCCGCCGCCAACCAAAAGGUCCCCGUCCUGAUCUACCUGUCGGGGCUGACGUGCACCCCGCAGAACUGCACGGAGAAGGGGUUCUUCCAGGCGCACGCGGCGCGCGCGGGCAUCGCGCUCGUGUGGCCGGACACGUCGCCGCGGGGCGCGGACCUCCCCGGCGAGACCGCGAGCUGGGACUUCGGCGCGGGCGCGGGCUUCUACGUCGACGCCACCCAGGCGCCCUGGAGCGCGCACUACAAGAUGGAGACGUACGUGUCGUCGGAGCUGCCCGCCGCGCUGUUCGCCGCGUACGCCGAUACGCUGGAUAGUAGCCGCGUCAGCAUUACGGGGCACAGCAUGGGCGGCCACGGCGCGCUGACGCUGUACCUGAAGAACCCGGGCAAGUACCGCAGCGUCAGCGCGUUCGCGCCGAUCGCGAACCCGAGCCGGUGUCCCUGGGGCGUCAAGGCGUUUACGGGGUACCUUGGCGACGCGGAUAAGGAGGCGUGGAAGAGGCAUGAUGCUACGGAGCUGGUGAAGGGGUGGAAGGGGGGCGAUUUAAAGGCGCUGGUGGAUGUGGGCACGGGGGAUAACUUUUAUAAGGCCGGACAGCUGUUGCCGGAGAAUUUUGAGAAGGCGGUUAAGGAGGCGGGUGUUACGGGGUUGGAGUUGCGGUACCAGCCUGACUACGACCACUCAUACUUCUUCAUGUCGACCUUCGCCGGCGACCACGUCGACCACGCUGCUAAGUACCUGUUCGCUUAGAGACGGUUGGGUAAAUAUAGCUAUUCAUCUAUCGGGAGCUCCGAAAGCUCGGGUUCCAACUGCGAACUAUGUUCACUCCUAUCUUGAGCUGUGGACUUACUAACGGAUGAUUGCGAGUUGAAAGAACGAAGGCACGGAAAUCUCGCCAUCGAUGAUAUGGUCAAGCGGGAAAAACAGCAAGGGCCUAGAUAAUAGGCAUAUUGUAUCACUUAUGGAAGCACUCGAUAGGAAGUUG